UGCCCCGCGCCUGCGCCGAGCCACAAGAUGGCGGCCGCCGCUGCUCCGCUGCCGCCGCCAGGGGCGGGCGCCGCACAUGCGCCGAGCGGCCGCCGGGCGCGCAAACAAGGGGCGCCGCCGUCCCGGAGCCGCCGCCCGUAAGGUGAGCGCUGGGGGGGGCUCUGCCGCCGUCCCUCCGCUGCGGCACCGCGGGGCCCGCGCGUUCCCGAAGCCCUUUGGUGCUCCCUUGGCCGGGCUCCGACGGCUCCUCCGGCGAGGGGCCGCGGUGCGCCGCCGGGGGAGCAGCCGGGAGCAGCCGAGGCUCCGUGCCGGGCUGUGCGGCGGGGCAGGGGGUCUGCGGCGGCUGGGCAGCGUCUGCCGGCCCGGGAGGAGAGCUCACCCGUCGCCUUCCGCCGUGUUGGGUCUCUCCCGGCGCUGGUGGGUGCCGCUUGUGGGCGGUGCGUGCCUCUUCCCUUCCCCGGCCUAACGCGGGUUGAGGAAAACGCGUCCUGAGCUGGGUUUCGGCACUGAACUGUAUUCCAGAGCUGAACAAGGAGGUGUGUACUUCAGAGCUGAUAAAAUGGUCAUGAGACGGAGAAACCUUGUGCAGUAAGCGUUUUACGGCCUCAGUGACAUCAGUGAAAGCACGCUUUGGAACUCGAAGGUUUAAAGGCAUAAAGCUUCACUAGAACUGUAACUAGAAUGGACAGUUAUUUUAAAGCUGCAGUCUGUGACUUGGACAAGCUACUUGAUGAAUUUGAACAAAAUACAGAUGAAUGUGACUUCUACAGAACACCUCAAAAUCCAUAUGACUCGAAACAACAUUCAUUUUCUUCAGACUUGGAUGGCUUACAACAUGCAUAUCCAACACCCAAACUGCAUGAGGAUGCUUGUAUGGCAUCAGAAGAAAUCUCUCUAGUCAGCCAUACUGGACCAAAUGAAGGGAUUCUGAAUUACCCAUCACAAAAUGAGAAGAGUGUUGCUGGGCCUGAUCUUUUGUCCACUGUGGACAGCAGUUCCUCAAAAGAAAUUCAGGCUUCCACCCCAGGAAGGUGUAGUAUACCUGUGUGUGAUCUUGUUAAUGACACAGGUAACUUGAUUCAUUCAGCAGGUUCCAGUGAAGAUAAUCAAAAGUUGCAGCCACAUGACUCCCAGCCCAGUGAAGACUGUUUGAUUGGCUUUGGCAUACCUUGCAUACCUAUUCCUGUUUGUGUGUCAUCAGUAAGUUGCAGCGGUGGUGUUUCAAGUACAGAACAGUGUGAUGGGGACUCAUUGCUACAAGAUUCAGGACACCUUAAAACAGAGGAGAGUAGCCCACUGCCUUUAAAAUCAGAUGUUUUUGCUAAAACAAUGAUCUCAGAACCAUGUGGUGAUACACACAGAACAGAAUCUUUAAAGUGCAGUGAGGUGUUUGAUCAGCCAGAACAAACUGCUUGCCUUAAUACUGCAUGUGGCUCUGUAACAUCACAGAGUUCGAAUGUAUACAGUCCCAAAGAUGAGACAGCAGAUGGGAAAUUGUCUUGUGAACCAGAAGAUGAAAGUGCAUGCUCUGCAGUGAGCAAAGAGGUGUAUGGAGGAAACACCCUAGAAGAUGAAGACUCAAAAGAUCAGAGUAAAGAUGAAUCCAUGCCUUCGGAUCUGCCAAAGAGGCCUCAGUUGCACAAAAGCCAUGCAACAUUACCUGGAAGCUGUGUUUUACCAGGCUCCACAUGUCAAACGGGGACUAAAGUAGCCUUAGAAGAGAAAGUUACAGAGGAGAAUGUAAAUAGUGAAGAACUUGCUGGCAGUGAAAUACUAAGCAGUGUUUCACCUUCAUGUGUAUCAGUCAAGGAUGUCCAGACAUCGCUGUCUGUAUCUGAACGUGGUUCAUCAGUUGUAACAGAAGAAGUUAAUCCUCUACCUCAGAAUGAAAUGGUGGAGGUUAUUAGUGACAGUUUAACUAUUCAUGCUGGGAAGUCUAAAACUGAUGUCUCUACGUGUGAAUCCUGGAAAGAGACUGACUUGCAUGAACAGGAAGAAUAUUUACCUAAAAUCAACCAAAGUGUUGUGGAAAAGAGUGCCGGUGGAGAGAGAUGUGAUACUGAGAAUGCAAUUGAUGACAGUGAUUCUGAGCAAAUCAAAGCUAUUGCUUCUGCUUUUCAGGAAUAUGAAGCUGAGCCAUAUGGUGUUGGUAUAGACUCCUAUUACAAUGAAAGUAUUGGCCAAGUUGUGGCUGACUUCUCUGUUGAGGAGGGCAUUAUCAAAAGUGAUACUCUAAUAAGUGAUGCCGAGCUUGAUGAAUUCUUGUAUGGACAAAGUCAUCAGUCUAAUUUGACUUUAGACAAUGACAGUAACUUAAUGGAAGCUGAUGCAGAACAAAUGCACUUAACAAACGUGAACCUAGAUUUUACAGAGGUUGCUGAAGAACAUACACAGACAAAACUGGAAGAUAUAACUAGCAUUAAUAGUAAUCUCGAAGUAUCUCUUACUGCCAAUAAAUUGGAAUCUCCAACAGAAGGGAUUCAUAUUCAGGAUGUGACUGAGAAUGGUAGCGAGGCACUAGUUUCGAAGUUUCACACUGAAGGUGCAAGACCAAAGCAGUUGUUUGGCCUUCCGCAAGGAGCUGCUGGUCAAAGACAACUGAAUGAAACAGAAGUACCUGAGAGAGAAAACCAGGAAGUGAAUUCUGUUACCCCAGAAGUUCCCCUCUCAAGCACCAGCAUUAAAUUUGAUAAAAAUUCUGAACCUGCUGUGGAAAGUAGCACUGAAACGGGAGGAAGUCAAACAUCUGAAAGUGCAGAACCAGUUAAAACACCUGCAGCUCUUUCACAGAAACAACCGUUGUGGGUCCCUGAUUCAGAGGCACCCAACUGCAUGAACUGUCAAGUGAAGUUCACCUUUACAAAAAGACGACACCACUGUCGUGCAUGUGGAAAAGUUUUUUGUGGUGCUUGUUGCAAACGAAAGUGCAAACUACAGUACAUGGAGAAGGAAGCAAGAGUCUGUAUUGGCUGUUACGAUGAUAUUAAUAAAGCACAGGCAUUUGAAAGGAUGAUGAGUCCAACUGGUCCUCUUCCUAACUCCAGUGUCUCCUCUGAGUGUUCUGCUGCACCUUUGCAGGAAGCCCAGAUACCUGGUAGUGCUAACACUCCCUCAUCCUCUGCGUUGUCACCUAUUUCAGUGCUUAAACAACCUGGCAUUGAAGGGCUGUGCCCCAAAGAACAGAGGAGAGUUUGGUUUGCAGAUGGUAUUUUGCCAACUGGAGAAGUGGCAGAUACAACAAAACUUUCAUCUGGAGCAAAGAGGUCAUCACAGGACCUAAGUCCAGUAAACCCUGACUUGCCAGAGAUGCAUAUGGCUGCAAACCCAGAGGAAGAUGACAUACUAACUGAUGUAAAUUCAAAACCAAAAGAAGAAAUAGAUGUUAUUACAAGAAUGGAGGGACUAUGUCCUUCUGUUCCUUCAGAACAGGAUGUGCAGCAGGCUGUUUGCGGCCAGAGCGAGAUGGCGCAUAUUUAUAGAUUCGUAACUCCAGGAAAUAAAGAGAGUUCUGCUACAGAAGAUGAGAAAACUAGUUCCAGUUUAGUUGAUCGGACUAAAAGUGAUAUGCCUGUUAGUCCUUCAAGUUACAGAGCACUUUGUGGUGUUGAGAACCGUGUCCAUAGAGAAAUCAGCCUUGUUCCUGAUGGUGACAAACUCCCACCACUUUUGCUUGCAGUGGGUGAGAAAGGAAAAGAUCCUCUAGUGGAAGAACAUCCGUCUCACCAACAGGUCACCUUGCUUCUUGCGGAAGGAGGUCCCAAUCCAUUAACAUUUAUCCUAAAUGCAAACUUGCUUGUGAAUGUCAGGUUAAUAUCUUAUUCUUCAGAAAAAUGCUGGUACUUCUCAACAAAUGGACUACAUGGUUUGGGUCAGGCAGAAAUUAUCAUUCUGUUGCAGUGUUUGCCAGAUGAGGAGACUUUUCCUAAUGAGAUACUCAAAUUAUUUAUUAACAUCUAUAAAGACGCAGUGAAAGGAAGAUUUAUAAGAAACAUGGAAAACAUUACGUUUACUGAAAACUUUCUCAAUAACAAAGAUCAUGGAGGAUUCCUGUUUGUUUCACCAACUUUUCAGAAACUUGAUGAUUUAAUUCUACCAGAUAACCCUCUUCUUUGUGGCAUUCUAAUCCAUAAGAUGGAAAUACCCUGGGCAAAAGUUUUUCCAAUCCGUUUGAUGUUGAGAUUGGGAGCAGAAUAUGGGGCAUAUCCAACUUCUCUAGUAAGUUUCAGACACCGAAAGCCACUCUUUGGAGAAAUAGGACACACAGUAAUGAAUCUACUUGUUGAUCUUAGAAACUAUCAAUAUACUUUGCAUACCAUAGACAACCUAUUUGUUCAUGUGGAAAUGGGUAGAAGCUGUAUUAAAAUACCCCUAAGGAAGUAUAAUGAGGUGAUGAAGGUGGUAAAUUCUUCUAAUGACCAUGUAAUUAGUAUUGGAGCCAGUUUCAAUACUGAAGCAGAUUCUCACUUAGUGUGUGUGCAGAAUAAGCAUGGCCUCUAUCAUACGCAAGCAAACAGUGCUACUGAACAUCCUAGGAAAGUUACAGGUGCAAGUUUUGUAGUGUUUAAUGGAGCCUUAAAGACAUCUUCAGGAUUUCUAGCUAAAUCCAGUAUAGUUGAAGAUGGACUAAUGGUACAAAUAACACCAGAAACGAUGGAAAGCCUACGCCAGGCAUUAAGAAACAAGAAGGACUUUAAAAUAACUUGUGGCAAAGUGGAUGCAGAAGGCCUAAAGGAAUAUGUAGAUAUUUGCUGGGUAGAAAACGAAGAAAAAACAAACAAAGGAAUUCUAAGUCCAGUAGAUGGAAAAUCAAUGGAAGGAACUCAGAGUGAAAAAGUACCACACAGCAGAGACUUUGAAAGAGAAGGAAAAGUUCUGAAGUGCACUGAAGUGUACUAUUUUCUAAAGGACCAUGAACUAUCCAGUCCUGUUCCUCUUCAGUUUGCUAAAGAGAUUGCGAUUGCCUGCAGUACCGCUCUUUGCCCGCACCUUAAAACCUUGAAAAAUAAUGGGAUGAAUAAGAUAGGCCUAAGAGUUUCUGUUGACUCAGAUAUGGUUGAGUACUUGGCAGGAUCCGGAGGUCGACUUCUUCCACAGUACUAUCUGAAUGAAUUGGACAGUGCUCUGAUUCCUGUGAUCCAUGGUGGGAUGUCAGAUCCUACAAGUUUACCAUUGAAAAUGGAAUUAGUAUUUUUCCUUAUAGAACAUCUGUUUUGAUGAGGCCACUUACUGGCAAGAUACUGAUUUGCUAGCUCUGAAUACCAAAGUUGUAACGCGUCAAACACUAAAAAUGAUAAAAGUUUUUGAGACUGGUUUUGUUUUAAUGGAUUUUCAUUAAUGGAUUUUCAAACUGUUUUUUUUUUAAAAAAAAAAAAACAAGCACCAACUCUCAAACUCUUGCUGGUUACUUUAUGACAAAAGAAUUGUAGUUUUUAAUGUUUCCUCAAGUUCUGAAAUUUUACACUUAAUACAGGUGAUGAAGAGGGCAGUCUUUGUUACCUCUUUACACAAUUGUAGCGUUUACUUUGUGUAGUGUAACUUUAAGCCAUAUUAUCUUGCCUCUUAACCUCAGAUAAGUAUUAGAGAAAUUGCUGUGGUUAGGUCUAAUCUCAAUCUGAAGCAUGUGCUUUCCAUGUGCAUAUGAGCUAAACACUGAAGUAUACUUAGCUGGCACAAAACUGUUUUCUUGCCAUUUGAGAUUCAAAUACGCGAUCUGUAGCUGACUGCAAACUUCAUGUGUCAGUGCAAAUAUAAGUGCACACUUUUUGACACUUGUCUAUGAUCAGCACAAGGAAGAAUUUUGCAGGUAUGUUUAUGGAGACUUUGUAGUUGAAGUCCUGAAUUACUAGGAUAUUAUGCUGGUGCUUCAGGAACAUAUGCUUCUGAAUUCCUUUUUAUAGAAAACUGAUUUCAUUCUUGUAUUUAUAAGGACUUAUCUAACUUAAAUGGAUGCUAUUUUUAUAAAUACUGAUACUUUUUUCCUUUACUCUGUUCAGACGUCCUGAUGCAAUUUGACCUUUCAAGGAUUAAUAAAAAGCCAGAUUACCUUUGCAGUAAUCUACAUGUAGCAAUAAGUAAGACAAGGAUUCUGCAAUACUUUUUCUGCUUCCAUCUACUGCUUUUGUCACCUCUUGGUAGCCACCUUUAUUUUCAGGGACAAUAAAUGUAUUGUGUGAAUUUUCAUGAACGGAUUGCUUUAGUAUACCUGCGGUUCUUGUAUAGUAUGUAUUUUUGAUAUUGGGUCAUUAAAAUCUAUUUAUGUACUUGUGAUGCAUGUGAUUUGUACCAAGGUUCAGUGAACCAAGGUUUGAUAACUGUCACAACUGUUUACCAAGAACAGAACCAAAACAAAAUCUGUCCAAGGUCUAUAUUGUUUUCAGUAAAAAUGUUGGUACAGUUUUAUGAGACUAUUAGAACUUUGAUGCCUUCUUGAUGCUCAUAGGGGAUAUUUCAUGUUUUUGUAUCAAAAACAAUUUGUAACUUAACCUAAUCAGCUCUGCUGUUAACCGUGCUUUAAAACGCAAGUUUUUGGAAGGUUUCAGGCUUCAUCAAGAUCUUGCUGUGGAGGAUACUGGGGAUACCUUUGAGCUAAUUCUUCAGAGAAGCUAAUUCUGGAGAGGAGCUGAAGACCACAGGAGAAGCAGUUGAGUGCAACCAAGCCAUAAAUGGACAAUAAAGGAAACAACAGUGAGGUUGAACAGUAGUUUAGAAAUGUAAUUAAUGAGGGUGGAGGUGGCUUUCCUGUCCCAUCCUACGAGGUUAGCUUUACCCCUCUCUGGGCUCGGAGGUCACCAAAGGUGCCGGUUGCCUCUUGCCAUCUAGCCUGUUCUAACCCAUUGUAAGUACUGAUCACUAAAAGUUAACUGAAGGUUACCUGCUAUUUAAAUAAAUACAAACGUGUUACGCC